CUCGCUACAUCGUCGCGUCCCAAAUGCCCUAUCCAUAGAACGAAAUCCUACCCAAGACCUUUAGUUGCAGCAGAUCUAACUAAUUUUAGAUAUUACGAGGCAGGGGCUCGAAACGGGACUAGAUGACUAUUUGCGGAAAUCCCGCUGUUGGCCGGAACACCAGCGAGGCGAAGCGCAGCGAUAUAAGUCCUUCUAUCGCAACAGGAAAUUGUUUAAGCAGAUACCAGGCAAGAUGCAGCGGUCAAAUUGCAUCGAAAGAGAGCGCAGAGUAGCGGUGGAGAGAAGCACCAAGUAUUGGGGUACUGUUAGUGUCGACAUCGACAUCCUAGAGUUUCCCAAUGAGGAAGAGGAAGAAAAUAUUGACAAGCUGGUCGAGCUAUUCCAAAAUGAUUACAGAGGACUGAAUCCGCGAUACCGCAUUCCCGCAAAGAUUGACAAGCAUCAACUGGAUGCUGCCUUAGCAUUGUCGGGACUCACCUUCCAGAAACUGAAAGAGGCUCCGGACCGCAUCCGUGGCUAUCCCGAGCUGAAGUUUCCGGCCGGCUUCCGCUUGAAAUGUUGCCAAGGACUUCAUCGAUCCCGAGCGGCGGCGCGAAUCUUACCGCCAGGAGAGAGAUGCUGGUCGAUCGACUUGUACGAUUCAGAUAUCGACCCCGACUUGGACGCAGAGCUGAGAGAAGGGUACUCAGCAGAAAAGGAACCCAAUGACGGUGUAGUAUAUUACAGAAUUCGCACGUACCAGGGACAUCAUGGGCCGGCAAAUCCCUUUCUCGAGAGCCGGUGGUGGGCUCUUCUAAAGUACAAUUCGAAACAAAAGAAGAAAAACCUUAAGGGAAUACUCGACGAUCCGUAUUACAAAGCCGCCUUUGAUAUCCAAAUGGAUAUUCUAGCUCUUGGCGACGGCAUGGAGCUCGGCGUAAUUCACAAAAUGUUCACCAUGCGGUGUGACGAGUUGGCCCUGAAGUAUCUGGGGCAUAUCAAGAAGGUCUGGAAGGAUGAGAUCUGUGAGAAGAAUCCGGAGACGAUGCAGAAGAUCGACCGGUCGACAGUAAAAGCUUUACAGCACACUGCUCCAGGGUGCUGCAAGAAAGACAGAGAAGACCUGUGGAAAAAACUACAGAGCGGAGAGAUUUUCUCGGCCUUUGCGGAGCAAGAACGACAGAUCAUAUGGGAUCGAGUCCUUUCAGCCAGCACCACCCGGCUGAUCCCUUCCUUGUUCACAUUUUUUGAGGACCUCAACUAUCUAGAGGGUCCCCUGCAAAGCCUGAAGAGAUUAGUGCCACUCUCUCGGAAGGAGACAAUCUCGGCCGCCCUGUUGCGAGCUUACAAGGAUAUAAAUCAGGAGCCCGAUCAGGUCAAGAUACAGGAGUCCGAAUCCAUAAUGACGUUUGUUCCCGGAACUAAGGCCAAUUGA